AUGUACCCUUUUGUCUUCCUGAUCGCCCUUUGCUUGGGAAUAGCCUCAGCUACUAUAGAGCUUGAUCAAAGUUUAGAUGCACAAUGGAUUCACUGGAAGGCAACACAUGGGAAGCAAUAUGGAAUGAAUGAGGGCUGGAGGAAAGCAGUGUGGGAGAAGAAUAUGAAAAUGAUUGAACAGCACAAUCGAGAACAAAGCCAAGGGAAACACAGCUUCACGAUGGCAAUGAAUGGCUUUGGUGACAUGACCAAUGAAGAAUUCAGACACAUGAUGAAUGGCCUUAAAAUCGAGAAGGAUGAGAAAGGGAAAAUGUUUAAAAUACCUUUCUUUGCUGAUAUCUAUGUACCUGUGGACAGGAGACAGACACCUGCUGUAAGUCCUACUGAGACCUUUAUAAUUUGUUUCCAGGGUCGGUGUGCUUCUGGCUGGGCUUUUAGUGCAACUGGUGCCCUUGAAGGACAGAUGUUCCGGAAAACUGGCAAACGUGUUUCCUUGAGUGUGCAGAACCUCCUGGACUGCUCUUGGCCUCAAGGCAAUGAGGGCUGCAAUGGUGGUCUAAUGAGCAAUGCCUUCCAGUAUGUUAAGAACAAUGGAGGCCUGGACACAGAGGAAUCCUAUCCAUAUGUUGCAAGAGAUGGACCCUGCAAAUACAGGCCUGAGCAUUCUGCUGCCAAUGUCACCGCCUUCGAGAACAUCCCUCAGCAGGAGGAGGCCCUUAUGAUGGCAGUGGCAAAUAUGGGGCCCAUCUCGGCUGCUAUAGAUGCAAGCCUGGAUACCUUCCGCUUCUAUAAAGAAGGCAUUUAUUAUGAUCCAAAGUGCAGCAGUGAAGACCUGAAUCACGGUGUUCUGGUGGUUGGCUAUGGCUUUCAAGGAAAAGAAUCCGAUAACCAAAAAUAUUGGUUUGUCAAGAACAGCUGGGGCGCUGACUGGGGCAUGGACGGCUACAUAAAAAUGGCCAAAGACCGGGACAACCAUUGUGGAAUCGCCACCAUGGCUAGCUUUCCUAUCGUGUAA